AUGUUUCCUCUUGGUCCACCAGAGGCGCCCUUAGCAGACGUCAAGCUGGCGACCGUAGCAGGAAAGAAAGGCAAGAAGGCUGAGGAGGAGGAGCAGCCUGCUGCACCUCCAGCAGCACCACCAGCAGCAGCAGCAGCAGCAGCAGCAGCAGCAGCAGCAGCACCAGCACCUCCAGCACCACCAGCAGCAGCAGCAGCAGCAGGAGCAGCAGCAGCAACAGCAACACCAGCAGCAGCAGCAGCAGCAGCAGGAGCAGGAGCAGCAGCAGCGGAGGAGGAGGAAGAGGAGGAGUAUGUGGUCGAGAAGGUUUUGGACCGCAGAGUGGUGAAGGGCAAAGUGGAGUUUCUGUUGAAAUGGAAGGGCUUCUCAGAUGAGGAUAAUACAUGGGAGCCAGAGGAGAACCUGGACUGCCCUGACCUCAUUGCAGAGUAUAUGCAGAAACACAAAGAGAAGGAGGAGAAAAAGAAGGAGACCAAGAGGAAAGCUGCCAGCGAGGCCUCCGGAGACUCUGAAGAGCGAGGGAGCAAGAAGAAGAAGGAGGAGAGUGAGAAGGCCAGAGGUUUUGGUAGAGGUCUGCAGCCGGAGAGGAUUAUUGGAGCGACGGACUCCAGUGGAGAGCUGAUGUUCCUCAUGAAGUGGAAGAACUCGGAUGAAGCUGACCUCGUCCCAGCCAAGGAGGCCAACGUCAAAUGUCCCCAGGUGGUCAUCUCUUUCUACGAGGAGCGCCUCACCUGGCACUCAUACCCCACGGAGGAGGAGGAGAAGAAAGACGAGGAGAAAAAAGACUAGGCGGGUGGAGGAGGCGGCGGCGGUGGGAGCGGUGGAAUGCGGAGGUGUAGGGCGGGAAAUCAAUGACAUGCUGGUGAACUGUUGUCUAAGUGAGUCGACUCUAGCAGCCACUUUGGCAGAGAAAGUGAUUUAGAAAUAUCCCCAAAUGAUUGGGAGUGGACUGCCAAUGUAGCUGACAGAGGGGGAAAGAAGUCUGUUUUCCUGCCCUGGUGGGCGUGCUUUCCUCAAAAGAUGCUCCCACUUGUGUCUUGACUGAAAAUGUAAAUCUUUUUUUAAAGAGGUAUUUUGACACUUAGUCUCUCUGAUUUGUAUUUUUUUUUUUUCCCCUCACCAAGACCAUGUCACUGGAUGGGAGUUGGUGCCUUUGUUCUGCUAGUAUUCCUCCAUGAAUAUUGAACUGAAUACAGUGAAAUGACCAUAAAGUGUUUGUCUUCUGCAUUUGGUGACAAGUUCUUGGUUUUGGAAAUAACAGGAAUACAACGUGAGCUGUCAAGCUACCUCUUAAACACGUGCAUUCAUGUGAGUGUUUUGGCUACGGCUGGCAAGUUUGUCUCUGCUCCCAGUCACGGGUCUUCAUUUAGACAUCCCGUUUUAAACAUGUAUUAGCUGAUCAUAAGUUGGGUGGUGAGUUGUGGCGGGUUUGUAGAGGACAAACUUCCCUCCCUGUUUUGUCAGGAUACACUGGAGGGGAACCUCUUUUGAAGGGGAAAGAAGUGUGAUGUGAGGUGUUUUAUGGAGGAGUGAGAGAUUUGUCUCUUUCAGUAUCUGUUCUCUUUGUGCCACCUGGGUUCUCAUUAUCGCUGACGUAAUGCUGUUCUGCAUUUGAAACUAUCAAGCACCAAAUGACAACUGUACAUUUCACUGACGUGGACAGAUUGAUGAGGAGGAGGAGGGGGGGUUACAGUCUACAUGAAAAGACCAACAGUUGUCGGCUUUGACCUUUUAUACUGUACGUCCUACCAGCCGACUUGGCAGCCAACCAGCCGGUGUUCCUUCAUUCCAGCUGUGGAUGAUGCUGCAGCUUGUACUUUGCUGCCUGUUUGUUAGUUUUCUUUGAUAAAAAAUAGACUUGUUGACUUUUAACAAACUACGAGUUAAGAUGUUUGUGUUCAUUCAGAGGCAAAUCUGAUUUUCUGUGAAUGUAAAACUGUCGAUAUGCCAUAUUUCCUGUGACACAAGCAUAUGUUAUGGUGUAAAUUGGGAAGUUAAGUUGAUCGUGGAAUCUUCUUGAACAUUUAAGGACACACGGAGCGUUUUAACACAGUAUUUUUUAAAUAGCCUUUUUCACAGAGGAUGUCUUCACAUGUCUCAGGAGGAAAAACACAAGUGUAAAUAAUAAGAUUAAGGAGGGCUGAAUUCCACUCCGCUGCUUUAGCUUCAAGGUCCUGUUGCUGUGCUUGCUGGCUCACCUGGGACAGCUGAACAGAACAGAGACAUUAAUGUAAUUAGCUACACCUGUGCUUUUCCUACCUGUCAGCUGUGAGAAAGGUCUACACACAGAGGUAGUGAGUGCAGACUUCAGUUUCAUUUUCAGGUCGCUGUGGCGUAGUUUUGAUUCCCAAACUCUCUAUGCUAGUUCAGCCAUUUUCUUAAAAUGUUUCUUUUACUGGAUCCGAGGCUGGUUGGUUACUUGUCGCACACCGAACGGCUCCAGCAAGAUCAGCACCUGGCUGGUUUUAAUUUCCCCUCAGUGAUCGGCACAACACACUGUUUUACUUCAGGUGAACAGUUAGUGUUGCACUGGUGCAAGAAGUGACGAACGGCAGUCCAAAGGCUCAUGUCAAACCAAGAAGGUCAGAUGCCCUUUGACCUGUAGAUUAGAGGGGAGAAGAGUCAAGAACCAACUGAUCAUUCAGACUCAACUCGUCAUACAGCUAGAAUAGAUGCCUGAUUUUAACUGUUGGAGCACCACUGUCCUGUUAAACGAUUGUGUUAAUGGAUUUCUUUUGGAAAUCUGAAGCGGGGGGGCAUUUAGGAAAGCAAAAUACGUUUUGUUAUCCUUGUGAUAACCUUGCGAUAUGCUGUCCUUUUUAAAUGACAAGAACUGAAGUAGAGAUAAGUUUCAAAAAAGUGUCAUCAUUCUGUUUUGUGCAAAGAAAUGAACAUCAGCAGACGACGGCCUCAGAACUUCCCGAAUUGGUCGGGCUGUAAUCAGAGUGCUGGGUUGGUUUGAAUGACGGGAGGUAGCUCCUCCAUUUUAUACACAAGGUACAACUAUCAUUGAGCUGCUGUAACAAGCUUUUCUGGCAGGUGAUCAUCAUGUUUUCACACCUCCUGUACCUGUAGUGACAGUGUUGGUCAGGACUGGGUCUGAGAAGUCAGGACUGCUGUGUAACUGUCAGUGUGGGGAUUGACCGGCCAUUUGCUGGUAGAUUGUUGUCUGUAGUUGGUGCAUUCAGCACAAAACCAGCCAAUGAGCUCGUUUGGCCGAUGAACAGGUUAGAGCGGUUCGUUAAAUUCUCCUACCGCAUUGGCUGGUGGCUGGAGGUUUCCUCUGCAUCACGUAGUAGACAUGUGCUCCAUGACAGACACAACUGGGUUUAACUGCUACCGGAGAUGAUUGAAAGUAUGUUAAAUAAAAUUCAUUUCCAAAUCCUUGUUUUUAACCUUCACACACACAUAGGCACGUGUGUUUUCUAGGCUGUAUUAUUUUAGCUUGCACCGGCCGGGCAACACUCAAGACAUGAUAGUUCAGCACAUUUUUUUUUAGUAGUCCAUAUGGUUCCUCUUGCUUGCAGACCGUCCUGUGUUCAACACACAUUUUGAUAUUUGCAAAAAAAUAAAAUAGAUUAGUACUGUAACUUCAGCAUGAUUAACAUAAUCACUUUAUAUGAGAGGUCUUUUCUCUGGUGUUUUCCUGCGUAUCCUAACGUUUUCCAGCGUUCUAUGUGUUGAAUGUAGCCCGGCUGUGCUUAUUUCCAGGUAUACUGUAUUAAAGCUAAUAUUGUAGCUUCCUCUGUUAGCGGACCCGGGUUAGCUAGUUCAAAUCCCCUGUCUCUGAACUGUUUGCUUCGGGUGGCCUGCUGCUGCUUUGAGAACCGAUCUUGAAGAGAGAAUUUCACUCUGAAAAUAUUUUUCCUUAAUUAUAUUUUUCUAUUCCCAGUGGACAUUUGUGGUCUUUUCUGCUUCGCCCGCCUCAUGUCACCACCCCUCGACAGCUAUUUUUAAAUAUUUACCCUUUUUCCACAGAAUUUGAUUAAUAUUUUAAUGAGCUCUAACCCUUGGUAAUACGUGAUGGAAGACGUGUUCACAGCCCCAACAAGCGACCACAGAGUGUGUAAGCAUAUCAAAAUUCUCACAGUACCUCUGAGGCUGAAUUACAGGUCAGUACGUGGGAAUCAUUUUUGCUUUUUGGCUCAGCUGUAAAUACAGUUUUUAGCAUUUGCAGUCAAACAUCUGACGCUAAGCUAGCUGUGAUAAUUGCCUACGCUGUUGUUAAGCAUCUCUAUCCCAGGUCUAAUCCUACCCUUUCUUCUUGUCUGUUUUUUCUGGCCUGUGGGACGCUCGAGUUUCUUCACUGUGUACGUCAGUAUUAUGACUGAAACCUCAACUGCCCUUCGUCACACUUCACCAUUGGCAGGAAGGGAUUGAAUUAGCUGUACCCGGGUCUCCUGGUUAGAUUUUCUAUCUUGUCUCAGAAACUUUUCUCUGUAUUUAGCGUAUUAGCUUGUGUUGUCUUGUUGCUUGUAUAUUGGUUUUCCUUGGAAUGUCACUGUCAUUGCUGAUCUUCCUUUGAUUGUCUGUUUUGGACAAUAAAGGUUUUUCGUUUUCAUAA